GAAUGAAAUCCCCAAAUCUCCAUUUCUCAGUGGAAACUCUCGGGCGAGAGCAUUCUCGAGCAAAUCCCAAAUCCUCAUCAAUGGCCGAGCAAGAGGACGGGGACUACGCCUUCAACCUCUCAUCACCGCCUAUGACGAAACCUCCUCGCGUGGCUUCAAUGUCUACCCGGCUGCAAUCCCCCACUUCCCAUCCCUUCCACCUUGGCUCCAACGAUGACCAGCUUGAGCGCGCUCAGGCCCGGGCCGCCCGCGCCGCUGCCAUCCGCCGCAAACCCACUGCACCGCCGCCUCCGUCCCACUCCGGGGACCACGUCUUGUUUGACAAAAACCAGAUCAUGGAACUCUACCACAACUGCAUCAAGCUUGCUAGUGAAAAUAAAAUUAACCAGAAGAAUACAUGGGAGCUUGGCCUGAUAGAUCAUCUUAGUGAGAUUAUCCGCGUUGAAUCUGAGGAUGAGAGCGAGACUAAUUUCCAGAAGGCUAGUUGCACGCUUGAAGCUGGGGUGAAGAUCUAUUCAAUGAGGGUCGAUUCGGUGCACACGGAGGCUUAUAAGGUUCUUGGAGGAAUCAAUCGUGCUGGUGGUGGAGAUGAAAAAGAAAAUAUAGCAGAGAGUGACCAUAAUGAGGCAGAUCGAGGGGAAGGGCCGUCCAAGAAAGAGCUAGACAAGAAGUUGUCCCCUCUAUCUACAUUGGAAUCUUCUUUUGACGCUCUUAAUGUGAAAAAAUUUGAUGUCGCCUUCACUGUGGAUCCUUUAUAUCAUCAAACAUCAGCACAAUUUGAUGAAGGAGGAGCCAAAGGUCUCCUAUUGAGCAACCUUGGAGUUUAUGGUGGCUGCCGUGUACUUUUUGAUUCAUUUGAAGUGCCAGAGAUCAGUAUCACAUCUCACAGGCAAGCUGAGCAGUCUGAACUAAUUGACCUUUCAUUUGCUAAAGAUUAUAUUAAGCAGAUGAUGUAUCACCUGCCUGCAACAAAUGAUAUUUCACCAUCUUUAAGGGAAAUAACAAAUCUAUUAAAUGAGGAAAACAGCAGGUUGCCAACUGCAUCUUCCAUGUCUAAGGAAACAACAAUGCUAGAGGAAACCCUGGAUAAUAUUCAUAAUGAUAUCAAUGAGAAUGCCUGUGAAUUUGAGCCAUGGAACUUUGAUCAAGAGGAUGAUCACACAAGUGUAAUUGAUGACAACUCCACCAAUGCAGAACAAUACUUUCCUGGUCACCAAGAGGAGAAUAUGGAUUAUCCAACUCAGAAACCUGACAUGGAUGAAAAUCUUGAAAGAGUAGCUGAAUUUUUGUCAUUGGGCCUAGGAUACACUCUAAAAUCAAAUGCCUGGGCAGGUCCUGAUCAUUGGAAGUACCAUAAGGCUAAAGGUUUGAAGCAGGUUCCGGUUUCUGUAGAUGCAUCAGAGUUGACAAUCAAAAAAAGCAGAAAACUACAGCUUCCUGAUAUUGACUUCACAGAAUGCUUGGAAAAAGAUAUGCGCAGAUGUGAUUUUAUGCCACCAAAAAAUCCCAAAACUUUGCUAUUGUCAGUAAAUCGAGUUCCGUCCAGUGUAAGACUUCCAGAAGAUUGUCAUUACAGACCUGAAAGUCUUGUCAGUUUGUUUAUCCUUCCUAAUCAAAUGUGUCUUGGAAAGAGAAGAAGACAAUCUGAUGGAUUAAGAAAUGAAGACAAUUUAUUUGAUGCUUUUGAAGCAUGGGAAGAUGAGCAUAUGGCAAAUGGGCAGGUGGAUGAUGGAAAUGGAUAUAGUGAUGUAGAAGAUCCUAGUUCCCUCAUCAGCAAACCACGCCAGGUAAAUAAAGUUGAUAUUCAAUAUGAUAAGUUCUCCAAACAAGUUGAUGUCCAUGCGUUGAAAGAUAUGCUGUGGACUCAUAUGGAGCAUUCUGUUAAGGCACAUGAGGAGGGAUGUGACGCUACAAUAUCUUUUAGACAGGUUCUACAUUACUUCCCGAAUGAAUGCUCAAAUGUUUCACCUGAUGAAAUGUCCCCACAUCUGUUUUUCAUCUGCCUACUCCAUUUGGCUAAUGAACAUUGCUUAAGCAUACACGAUUCUCCUGGCUUGGAUGAACUCGACAUUCAUAUACCCGCUUCAGCUCUUGUGAAGUAAAACUGACAUGGAUAUCUAUCAUAGUUUCACCCUCAGAUGAUCUCCAUAAUGUAAAUUUAGUACUCUGGAUUCUAAAAAUUGCUUCCCUGCUUUGUAUGAUUCAGGUAAUGAUACACGGCUUCUGCAUGUCUGAAAGUCCUGUAUGUAACACUGCUAUAAUGAAUAUGCAAUGAUGUGAAAAGAUCAUUUGGCUCUAAUCUUUGUAUGUUGAUGACACGUGACUGUAAAAAUGAU